AUGUGGAUCUACUUGUUGAUAUCAACCACCGUGCUUCUAACGCUUUUCGUUCGAAGAAAAUAUUCCUAUUGGAAACGCCAUGCGGUCCCGUUCAUCCAGCCACGUUUUCCCUUUGGCAGCAUCACGCCCGUUGGUGAUCGCGUCCAUUCGUCCCAGCUGAUGGCCCGAUUCUACAACCAACUGAAAGGAACCCAUCCCUUCGCUGGGAUGUACUUCUUCACCAGUCCGGUUGUUUUGGCCCUGGACCUCGACUUCAUCAAAAACGUACUCGUGCGUGACUUCCAGUACUUCCACGAUCGAGGUCUGUAUCACAACGAAAAAGACGAUCCCUUGACGUGCCAUCUAUUCAACAUCGAAGGAUCCAAGUGGACCAAUCUUCGCAGGAAGCUGCUUCCGACCUUCUCGUCCGGCAAGAUGAAAAUGAUGUGUCCAACGAUCCUCGGUAUUGCCGAUCGGUUCCGAACGUCCGUAGAGAAGUGUCUGGUUCAGCAAACGGAAAUUGAAAUGAGGGACUUCCUGGCACGGUUCACCACCGAUGUGAUUGGAACCUGUGCCUUCGGAAUCGACUGCAACAGUUUGGAGAAUCCUGAUGCCGAGUUUCUCAAAAUGGGCAACAAGAUAUUCGAGGUUCCAACUAGUCGGAUUGUCGCAUAUUUUUUCGUCUCUACGUUUAAAGAGUUGGCGAGAAAGUUGCACAUCAAGGCAGUUCCCGCAGAUGUUUCGGAAUUUUUCUACAAGAUCGUCCGGGAAACUAUCGAUUUCCGGCAGGCAAGUGGUGUUCAACGGAAUGAUUUCAUGAAUUUGCUAAUGCAAUUGAAGGAAAAGGGUGAACUGGAAGGUUCAGAUGAGAAGCUGGGAACGUUGACGCUGGAUGAAGUGGUCGCACAGGCGUACGUGUUCUUCUUGGGGGGAUAUGAGACUUCCAGUACGAACAUGUCCUUUUGCGUGUAUGAGCUAGCGUUGAAUGAGGAGAUUCAGAGCCGAGCGAGGGAAUGUGUUCAACAGGCCGUUGCCAAACAUGGUGGGCUUAACUACGAAGCUCUGAUGGAUAUGCCAUACCUAGAGCAGUGUAUUUUUGAGGCCCUCCGCAAAUAUCCACCAAUCGCAAAUCUGUUCCGAAGCGUCACCCAAGACUACCAAGUUCCGGACUCAAACGUGAUUCUUCCGAAAGGCAUGAACAUCUGGGUACCAGUGUACGGCAUUCAUCACGACGCAGAGUUCUUUCCAGAUCCGGAACGGUUUGAUCCCAACCGGUUCAGCCCGGAAGAAUGUGAGAGCAGGAAACCGUUCACGUAUAUGCCCUUCGGCGAAGGACCGAGGACUUGCAUUGCCACUCGAUUUGGGAUGAUGGAAACGAAAACCGGACUGGCAACGCUGUUGAUGAAUUUUAAAUUUUCGAAAUCUGUCCGCCUGGAGGUUCCGCCCAGGUUUUCACCCAAGCAUGUGAUGUUGACACCGGUUGGAGGGCUGUGGCUGAAGGUGCGAAAAUUGGAUCAGUGAAUCGUCUUUCCUAGGGUUUA